UUCAACAAAGCUUGAUUGAGAGAUCACAUCACCGCUGAAGAUUCUGGCAGGACGGUGCGUCUAAUUUGCUAUUUUAACCAACAUUACAAAACGUGUUUCUGCUCGGUUUUUUGCUGGAUAGUUCUUAUGAGAUCGAGCUGGGCCGGUUGGUUGUUCAAUAACAGGCUGAAAGUAAAGGCAGGCAUGAGGAUUGCACAUCUUUCUCUUGAAAUGCAUCAGUUCCGCUGGGCUGCCUCGUGACUCCAGCAGCGACCGAGAGGAGGAGGAGGAGGACCGCGGUGCAGACAGUAUAUGAUCCGGGCCCCGUCACCUCCUGUCCGCUCCUCUGAAGCGCUUAUGCACGUCUGGAUCAGGAGGACCAGAGGCAGCUGCACGGGGAGGCGCUGAAAUGAGAUGAGGCUCAGACAUGGAACUGUUGCCACUGCGAUUGUUUUCUUCACGUCGUUUCUCAGUCUGUCCUGGUACACGGCUUGGCAAAAUGGCAAAGAAAAGUUGGUAGCCUAUCAGAGGGAGUUUCAUGCCCUGAGGGAGCGUCUGCGCGUGGCAGAGCACCGAACCCUUCAGCGCUCCUCUGAGCUCAACGCCAUCCUCGAGCAGUUCAGACGUGCCAUCGCAGAGACCAACGGCAGCAAAGAUGCUCUCUCCAACUUCUCAGAUGAGACGCAGAAGUUGUUGAAGGAGUUGGCUCACAGGAAACCCCUCCAGGUGCCAAAUAUCUACCACCACCUGCCUCACUUGCUCAACAAUGAAGGCAGUCUGCACCCUGCCGUACAGGUGGGCCAGGGACGUACCGGAGCGGGGUGUUGCUGUGUGGAGUGUCCUUGCUUGUCGUAUUGUGUUACAUGCCUGUUAUCUACGGGCUGUCACAGGCCCAGUCAGUGUGUCAGAGCUGAAGCUGAAGCUGCAGCCAGCGGCCCUGAGUGGAGGCAGAGACCUUUUGUCACUCAUUCACACACCCGCAGCAGGCCUAUCAGAUUCUCAUUAGAGGAAUCAAGCCCUCCUGGAUUCAGCAAGGGUUAUGGAGAGGACAGCUCUAGUAUGGGAAUUUCCAUGGUGAUGGGCAUCCCCACAGUGAAGCGGAAAGUAAAGUCAUACCUGUCAGAGACACUUCAUUCGCUCAUCGAUAAACUCUCGGCGGAGGAGAAGCUUGACUGCGUCAUCAUAGUGUUUGUGGGAGAGACGGAUGUAGAUUACGUAAACAGCGUGGUUGCAGGCCUUGAAAAAGAGUUUUACACAGAACUGAAUUCUGGGUUGCUGGAGGUCAUAUCUCCCCCUGCCAGCUACUAUCCAGACUUCAGCAACUUAAAAGAGACCUUUGGUGACUCAAAAGAGAGGGUGAAAUGGAGGACCAAGCAGAAUUUGGACUAUUCCUUUCUAAUGAUGUAUGCUGUCAACAAAGGGGUCUAUUAUGUCCAGUUAGAGGAUGACAUCGUCGCUAAGCCUAAUUAUUUUGCCACCAUGAAAAACUUUGCCCUACAACUCGCCACUGAGGACUGGAUGAUCCUUGAGUUUUCACAGCUGGGCUUCAUUGGUAAAAUGUUCCAAGCCCCAGAUCUAAAUCUCAUCGUGGAGUUUAUCUUCAUGUUUUAUAAGGAGAAGCCCAUCGAUUGGCUGCUAGAUCACAUACUCUGGGUCAAAGUAUGCAACCCAGAGAAAGAUGCUAAACACUGUGAGAGACAGAAGUCGAGUCUGCGCAUUCGUUUCAGGCCCUCUUUGUUUCAGCACGUAGGCCUGCACUCCUCCCUUGCUGGGAAAAUCCAGAAACUCACGGAUAAAGACUUCCUGAAACCUCUACUGCAUAAGAUUCAUGUGAACCCACCGGCGGAGGUGUCCACCUCUCUUAAAGUGUAUCAAGGCCACACGCUUGAGAAGACCUACAUGGGCGAGGAUUUCUUCUGGGCAAUUACUCCAAUGGCUGGAGACUAUGUCUUGUUCAAGUUUGAUCGGCCUGUCAACAUAGAAAGGUUCCUUUUUCGCAGUGGAAACCAGGAGCACCCAGGAGACAAAAUUGAGAACACUACUGUCGAGAUCCUGCCCUUUUCGGACACUGAAUUGAAGACCAAAGAGAAAUACAAACGAACAGAGGAUCGGUUCUAUAAACUUGCUCAGUUUGAGAAAGGAGUGGCAGAGGGGACGGUUGAGCCUGCCUUUAACCCUGUGGUGGCUGUACGUCUGACGGUUCAGAAGGACUCCGCCGUGUGGGCGAUUAUUAGCGAGAUCCAUAUCAAGAGGAUACCUGGAUAACUACCUGAAUGUCUCCAGUAGUUGAGGCCCUUUGGUCAUCACGACAGGGACGUGCUGCUCGCAUCUACAGCGCUUCAAGAGUGACAGUGACAUUAUCAGAGGAACCCUCGCUUUAUGUUCUUCAACUCUUAAACUUUACUUUUUCCUUACUUUUUUGUUAUUUCGUCUUCCUCUGGUAGCUUCGUCACUCUGUAUUCUCUUCUACUUGGUUUUCCCUUCUGUCGUCAGACUUCGUUUUUCCUUUUACUUUUCCCUGAAUUCUGUUUUGUGAAUGUGACUACUACUGUACAAAAAAGACACUUUUUGACAGAAUGUUUCCAGACACUAAAUUUGUGUCGUGAAGAAUUGCAAUCAUUGCUGUCAUGAAGGUUUGAAGAUCAGGAUUCAAGGCUGCACCAAUGCUGGAGAAUAAGAUGUCCCCUACUGAAGAAGAAUGUCCUCAGCAAUCUGCCGUCACGGACUGUAACUGACCUCAAACCCUGGGUCAGGUGACCACGGCUGGAUUUCGGCUGAGAGAUGAACGAGUAGGAUGACAGAAAUGUCAAAAUAGUUUUUAUUUCAAAGUUUUUUUGUUUUUUUUUGGUUUUUGUUUUAGGUUGUUGAUGUUGGCACUCUGUUAAGAACACUUUGAAAAAACAAUUUAUUAUUUUAUCGACUACUUUGCCAAAAUCUAAAAACAUAUUUCUUAAAAUGAACAGCAUAUCUUAGGCCUCUACCUGGUCAACAGGAGUGGAUUUUCCUCUUUGUCAGUUUCUUGUCAACCAGUCAAUCAUGGAUUUCAAUCUAAAGGUUUUUAAUUGCUGUUGUUAUUAUUAUUAUUAUUAUUAUUAUGACGAUCUAUGAAGGUGAAUUAAUUUAUUUGAAAUAAAUCUUUUAAUUUGUACAAGUAAAUGCUUUUAUAUUCAUUGGAAAUUUAUAACGUGGCAGAGAAUUUAUUGUGGCUUGAAGUUGAGUGAAGAUGGUUGAUGUUUGUAUCUUUGUGUAGUUCAGAGGGGUGCAGGGCCGCCCACCUCUGUGCCUUAACAUCCAGCGUCCCUAGGGGACCUGGUAAAGGACUGCCUUGCGCCCUGCCAAAACACUUAAAUCAUACAAUAGGACAAUUUGUUAUAUGCUUGUUUAAGUUUAGAGCAUGACAUGUCCAUAUGUUUCAGAAUCUUUCAUGUUUUCCUUUGUUCAUUGAGCAUUUUCCAUCUCAAAUAAUCUGCUUUCAUCAUGUCAGUCAGAAAAUGUUCCUCUUUCUAUGCUGUAUCACAAGUAUCUGAAUGUUCAGUGAGUCAUGAUUAAGUCCAGAUGGAAUCUGCAGAUUUUUUUUCUGUGUGGUAAAAUAUGAUUAAUGAAGCUGAGAGGAUAUUGGUAGUUGAAAGCACAAUAUACUGAGCCCCUAAAGGAACAUGGUAAUGUGGAAAAUUUAGAUUGUAUUUCAAAGUGUUAAAACUGUUUCAAUACAUCAAUUCUCAAUUCGCGAUACAAAGAAUCUGGAUCGAUUUUGAAAUUUUCCGAUGUAUCGUGAUCCUCUUUCGAAUCGAUUCUGAUCUUAGUUUUAACAGCAGAUGGCACUAUGUGCUUUAGAAACACCCUUACUCUGCUUGCUUCCAGUUCCUUUACACACACCACUUAAACCUAAUAUAAUCAUUCAAAGUUCGAAAAGGUUGAAGUGAAUUACAAGGGUAUUCGCAGUGUGCUGUGUUUACAUUAAUCUUGCGUCAUAAAAGCAUUCAGAGCUGAGGUGCAAGUAUAUUUAACCACUUACAUGAAUCAGCCGAACGCACAAGUGCUCUCCAGUACUCUUCUUCGUGAGCAUUUUAGUGUGGGGUUAAAAACUAGCCUAGAGCGCCAUCUGCUGUUAAAACUAAGCUCAGAAUCGAUUGUAUCGCGAAACGAGAAUCGAUGUAUUUGCCCAGCCCUAAAAACUAUAUUUCAAUGCUUAUGCGAGCAAACGCAAGGUUUCUCGGGGAACGAAAUACUUUUGCGAGAGAACGCAAAAGUUUUUUAAUGGAAAUCAUAUGAGGUGGGAGAAAAAAAUUUAUAUUUCAGUGCUUUUUUUUUUUCAAGCAAAUGAAAAGUUUAUCAGGGGAACUCAAUAAUUUUGCGAGUGAAUGCAACGUUUAACAGGGGAACGCAAUACUUUUGCGACAGAACGCAAACAUUUGUGAUUGAAAUAUGAGGUGGGAGGAAAAACUAUAAUUCCACGCUCUUGCGAGCAAAUGCAAAGUUUCUCAGGAGAACGCAAUACUUUCGUGAGAGAAUGCAAAAAUUUGCCAGCCAAUGCAAAGUGUCUCGGGGAACGCAAUACUUCGGAAAUAUAAUUUCAAACGAAGAAACACAAAAGCAUUGAAACAUAAUUUUCCCUCCCGUCUCAUAUUUUACCCAUCACCAUGUCCACUUAAGGGCUCCGUAACAAUCAAUUAAGCCACAAUAUGUAAAAACGUGUAGAACUUUAUGAAUGACGCCGUUCAAAGCUUUUUAUGGAGUUCUGCAGGUGCAGAUUCGGUGUGGGCCUGGUCUGAAGCAAAAUAUUACCAGAACCAUAAUGGAAAUCGAAUGGAACAGCAACAUUGCAGUAGUAUUGAGUGUGCUGCUUUUAACACCUGGAUUUAUUACACAUUUAUUACAUUGUAAACCUACGGUUCUUAUUUAUUUUGCUUGUAGCUCCUGGCAUAGAGACUUGAUGGUGAGGUAACUGCUGUAUAGAUUUCCAAAGUGCUCUCAUCUCAUGUGAUUGUAUAUAUCUUUAAAAAAAAGUUUUGGUUCAGCCUGACAUAAUGUGUCAUUGUAUAAUCCUUGAUGCUUCAAGUUUCAGAGCAUAUCCUUUUUAGUUACAUAUGCCCUCAUUUUUGUGACUACUUGGAGCUGCAUGUGAUUUGCAGUACUUGAGAAAUGUGUGUUUUGUAAUAGAAAGCCAAUGUACUGUCAUAGCAUUUGUUUACAGUUUGUUUAUGAUCUCUCCUGAGAGGAGAGACUGAGGUAAAUCCUUGGUCUGAUAUAGAGCACUGUAUCAUCCGUCUUCUUUACAUGCUCAUGUGACGUGACUUCUAGGGAAUGGACAAGUGAAAACACAAUGGAGUGAUUUUCAGUGUUUUGCCAUAUUGCUGCCUUUUUUAUUGCUGCAGAUUUGUGCUCAGUGAUUUGUUUCCACACCUGUUUUAGCACUGAAAGAUGGAUUUAUAUCUGUUGCCCUCUAUUAAACUCUCAUGAGGCGUUUCCCUUUUGGGAUCUGGGAUGUCCAUCUUGAAAUCCACCCUUCUGUCUUACAUUGAGAUGAAUCAGACAUGAAACAUGCUCCUCUUGUGUGGUGCAUUGUAGACUUCAUGUGCCUUCAUCUGUCUUUCUCCAGCUCUGACAUUGAUUUGAAUAAACUCUUCCGAAAUUAA